AUGGCUUCACGGACUACGGCUUUCGACCUCUCCAAAUGCGCGCGCAAGAAUAUCCUGAAGUUGCAACCGUACCGUUGCGCUAGAGAGUAUGUUCGUCCCCUAACCCUCCCUCCGCAAUCGGCGCCGAAACUAAUCAAUCGCACCAGUGACUACAAAGACGAUGGGACAAAUGUACUACUUGACGCGAACGAGAAUGCUUAUGGACCGGGUCUUGCACUGAACUCUGGAGGUGCCCUUCAAGAGUCAGCGGCCAAUGGCCACUCGACCGGCUCAUCAAAGCCAGAGAUUGAUCUCUUGGGAUUGAACCGAUACCCUGAUCCCCACCAGCACCCGCUCAAGCAACUCUUCUGCAACAUCCGCAACACCCACACCCACACAGACAAGACCAUCACUCCCGAGAACCUCUUCGUCGGAGUCGGAUCAGACGAAGCCAUUGACGCCCUUCUCCGCGCCUUCUGCGUUCCCGGUAAAGACAAAAUUCUCACCUGCCCUCCCACAUACGGCAUGUACUCCGUCAGCGCGGACGUCAACGACGUUGAGAUUGUCAAGGUCCCGCUAGACACGGACAACGGAUUCGCGCUACAGCCUGAAAAGAUCAACGCCGCGCUCUCUGCCGACCCCACAAUCAAACUUGUUUAUAUCUGCUCGCCCGGGAAUCCCACUGCAACUCUUGUCUCAAAGUCCGACAUCCAGAAAGUGCUAGAACACCCGACGUGGAACGGCGUUGUCGUCCUUGACGAAGCAUACAUUGAUUUCGCCCCAGAGGGAUCCAGUCUUGCAGAAUGGGUGGCUGAGUGGCCAAACCUUGUCGUUAUGCAGACACUCAGCAAGGCAUUCGGCCUUGCUGGAAUCCGAUUAGGCGUUGCAUUCACAAGUCCUGAGAUUGCUACCCUUUUAAACAGUCUAAAAGCACCUUAUAACAUUUCCAGUCCUACUAGCGCACUGGCAAUGGCGGCUCUUGGGAACCCUAAGAACCUUGAGGUCAUGCGAUCGUAUCGCUCCAAGAUUAUUGCUCAGCGCGACCGAAUCCUCAAGGAGCUUCCCUCUAUCCCUGGUAUUGGACGCUUCCGCGGUGGUACUGAGUCGAAUUUCCUUCUUGUCGAGAUCCUCGAUAAGCCCGCGGAUCAAGGCGGGAAGCCCAGCAACCCCGUCGCGCUAGCGACGUACGAGGCUAUGGCUGAGAAACGAGGCGUUGUAGUGCGGUUCCGCGGAAAGGAGUUGGGUUGCGAGGGCUGUUUGAGGAUUACGGUUGGAACAGAAGACGAGGUUACGAGGUUCUUGGAAGAGAUCAGACAUGUUCUCGGUGGAUUGCUUAACGGUAAUGAGAUUGCAUCAAGGAAGUAAGUGCCGAGAAUGAGGUUACCGACUUAGGAUACAUCUUGGAGGUUCAUUAUAGAGUAAAAUAUGGGGACAUAGACUUUUUUCGGCUGCACUUCGAUAUCCAAGAUGGCUAUUCUGCAAAGUCUUUCAUUACUUGUUUCUAUGUGUUCUAAAUCACGCUUCAUCAAAGACUAGUUGCUCGAGUAAGAGCUCAUUCGACA